AUGAAAGUAUCGGGAAUUAUGGUUCAAGUGCUUUUGGUAACUUCUUUCGGAGGAGUUGAAGGUUUUGCUUCGAAAUUUAAAGGAAUAGUUGAGGAAUUGUUCAGGAUUUAUGAGUUCCGAACUAUCGUAUGUUUCACCAAGGAUAUCAAAGGAGCAGAGCUCGCAGAAACUUUGUUUGGAAUGAGAUCCCCUGUGGACAGCAUCCCCAAGCUUGUACGGAAUCAACAUGUCAAGACUAAACCCAUGUUCAACACCAAUGUCUUGAAUAUUGCCUUUGUCUCGAAUUCCAAUAGAGAAAACAUCCUUCAAGUGGUUAAGACUGCAUUGGAAGACAACUUGCUCUCCAAAGUAAUUUUCUACUUCCUCCCGGAGGUGUCCCAUAAUAUCAACUUGAGAAACUUCAGUGAGUGCUUGUGGGAAGAACGAAUCCUUUAUAGUUUGGUGGUUGCAGAUAACAGGGUGUUCACGUAUAACCCAUAUCCAGAAGUUAGUCUAGUGGAAGUCACGUCAGCAAAGUCCCUCGAAUCAGUCUUCACCGCGAAACUAGCUGAUUUUCACGGAACUGCAGUAAGAGUUGUCCGCUCACUCGAUAUAUCGAGAGAUGUGCAAUAUUUCGAUCGGAAUGGAAACAUUCAAUUCGGAGGAUACUUUAUGAAAACCAUUCUUGCAUUUAUUAAAAAACACAAUGGAACGUUUGUCGAGAAACACGCCAAAAAGGAUAUGAGUGAUGUCGGAGAGAUGUUCAAAAAAAGGAAAAUGGAUUUUCUAUCAAUGGCGACGACAAUGGUUAUUAAAAGACUGAAAUUGUCUUACCCCUUAAAUAGCAUUGCACCAUGUAUCCUGAUCCCGUAUCAAAAGGAACUUCCUCGAGUAUUUUAUUUGGUGCUACCCUUUGAAGUGUCUGGCUGGUUAUUAUUUGGAGCUGGAGCCUUACUUCUUUUCUUCGUAAUCGCACUCACGGAACUUCUCCGCAGAACAAGCCCUGCUUCUAUUUGCCAGGAAGUGGCCUUCCGGGUCUGGCGGAUAAUCACCCAACAAAUACAUUUCCCAGCAAAAGUGGUGACGAAUCACUGGGUGAUGCUCAUAAUUAUUUUGGCCACUCUUCACUUUAUGUUACUUUUGAGCCUUUACCAAAGUGGAUUGAGUAGUUUUUACACUAAAUCGAUUUCAGCUAAGCAAAUUGACACUCCCGAGGAUCUAACAAGGACUUCAUAUAAAAUCCUGUCACCACGUCUUCAAUCGGAGUUUUUGCGACAACUUGGACUUUUUCCUAAAAGUGUUCUGGAUCGUUUCAUGGUGGAUGAUUCUCUGGUAAAAGCAAAUCUGGAACUAAUGGAUCCCAACUUCGGGUAUCUGCCACCAUCUGAAUUUAAGGAUAUUCUAAGGGAGCUGGAGCGACGUCCUUCAACCAAACUUUUCCAUUUGACCAAAAUGUGUACACCAAGGAUUUUGCUUAGUGUCAUACAUCAAAAUGAAUCCCCAUUCAAGGAUAUAUUCGACGACGUCAUCUUCCGCCUUAUUGACUCUGGGCUGAUACUCAAGUGGGAACGGGAUACUGUAUACGAACUGAAGCAAGUUGGCUUCCUGAGAUUGCAAUUAGUGAGGGAAAGCCUCCUGAGACCAUUGAAAUUGGAAGAGUUGUAUUUUGUGUGGGUGAUCUAUGUCAUUGGUCUUGUAUUGGGUCUUGUUGUUUUCUGUCUGGAAAAAAUUCGGACGAGUGAAUUUUGGUACUAA